UUGUAACUUGCAACUCCAUUCGUGUGGUCAAACAGGUUUGGGUGACUUGCCGGCUUCUGUAGCAACAUACUGGAUGGAUUCCUGUCGUCUCCAUCUGGAUUCCUCUGAGAUGCCAUACCCACACUCCUCUGCGUACAGACAAAGCCCCACACCCUUCAUCCCUAAUUCCCUUUCCUCUUGCGCAAUCUUCUUCUGUGUCAGGCAUUAUUAAUUUGUUGUAAAUGAAAUCAGGAAAAUCAUUGUAGAGUGGCUUGGGGAAGAUUAUGGGUUCUUCUUCGUGUCUAUACUCUUUGGUGCCAUCACUGCAUCCUUCACAUGUUAAUUUCUCCAAGAACCUUAGUUUCUUGAGCUCUUCCAGAGUUGCAAGUCCCCAAGGCGGAGCUUUGCUCAACAAGUCUUCGACACCUCAAAGAAUAGUAUGUUCCUCUACAGAUGAUCCCAAUUCUAUGCCUUCCCGGGAGAAUAUCCCAAGCAGUUUCUGCAUUAUAGAAGGGCCAGAAACAGUUGAGGAUUUUGUACAAAUGCAGCUGCAGGAGAUACAAGAGAACAUUAGGAGCAGGCGCAAUAAAAUCUUUCUCCUCAUGGAGGAGGUACGGAGGUUAAGAGUACAACAACACAUAAAGAGCAUAAAAGUUUCUGAUGGGACGGGUGAACAGGAAAAUGAGAUGCCUGAUAUCCCCUCAUCAAUUCCUUUUCUCCCUCAUGUGACGCCAAAGACGCUGAAGCAGCUCUAUCUAACAAGUUUUUCGUUUGUAUCUGGAAUAAUUGUCUUUGGGGGGCUUAUUGCACCAACUUUGGAGCUGAAAUUAGGUUUGGGUGGCACGUCAUAUGAAGAUUUCAUCCACACUUUGCAUUUGCCUAUGCAAUUAAGUCAGGUCGAUCCAAUAGUGGCAUCCUUUUCAGGAGGCGCAGUGGGGGUUAUUUCUGCUUUGAUGUUAAUAGAAGUGAACAAUGUUGAGCAACAAGAGAAGAAAAGAUGCAAGUAUUGCCAUGGAAGUGGAUACUUGGCAUGCGCCCGUUGUUCUGCUAGUGGCACGUGCUUAAAAUUCGAACCCAUCUUGACUAGCAGUGAUUCCAUCCGCCAAUUGCAUGGACCAACUACUCAGAGGUGUCAAAAUUGCUCAGGCUCAGGAAAGGUGAUGUGCCCGACAUGCCUUUGCACUGGGAUGGCCAUGGCAAGUGAACAUGACCCUCGAAUAGAUCCCUUCGAUUAAGGGCAGUCCUCUGAGCAAACGGACUUGCAUGAUAUCAAAAGUUGAAAUGGAAGAUGAAGUUCAACCACAGGUCCUCUGGAAAUGGGAAUUUGAAAGUUGAUCAAAAUGCCGACGUAUUGAUUACUUUCUGGACAAACGCCACAUCAAUAUACAAUGCUCGAGUUGGUUAAUUUGUCCCAUUUUGAAAAGUUAAAAAAUACACGAUUUAUUACUGUAUAUCUUAGAAAGGCGACGGUCCUGUUCUUCUGCAUGACAUUUUGUGUGGGAGAUACUAGGCAUUGUCAACUAUGCUUCAGUUCCCCUGUUUACUGCCCAUUCGCUUGCAAAUAUUUGGGGAAAGGCUUAAAUAAAGAAUUUAGUUGUAUGCA